CUGUUUUUUGUGACAUUUCUCAUGUUAUUUAUGCAUACAGUCGCUCCCAAACCAUAGAGGUUCCUGUCAGUUGGGAGGCAAUGAUUAAGCUAGUGAACUGGUUCUACACUGAUGAGUUGCCUAAACCUCCAUCUGGUUGUUUAUGGGAUAAUAUGGAUGAUGAGGAAAAGCUACAUCAGCUGCAACAAUAUCUGGAGCUUUGCUGGCUAGCUGAAUUCUGGUUUUUGGAAGAUAUUCAGGAUAUCAGCUACAAAGUGAUUGUAUCUUGUCUGGAUUCAGCCAGACAGCUGUCUAUUAAAAUAAUCAAAAUUGCUUCAGAGUUGUCUCUUUGGAAAUUGGCUGAAGUUGCUGCAAAUUACCUUGCCCCUUUCUAUCGUCAACUAUGCCACACAGGUGAUCUUGAAGCACUGAAUGAAGAGUUAGUUGAUAUGAUUCGUGAUGCCUCUGUCCGGCUUUCUCAAGAAGGGUAGUGAGACAUUCCAAGUUGAUUUACUUUUCCCUGGAUGGUUUGAAUUUUCGAGGACAAGACAGAAGUUGAAACUUAAGAUCUCCAAAUGCAACGGAACUGAGGAAUGCAGAUGUGUUUGCCUGCUGGGUUCAAGAUUGCAACCUGGGGAACACAUUUGAUUUCUUUUGUGACCAACAAUCUCUGUGCUGUGUUUUAUCCGAUCAUGAACAGUCGGACAGGUCCUUCUGUCGAAAACCUUAUGCUUUCUGUCGCCAAUCUUUCCUUGACAGAAGGGAGAACUGACACAAAAAACCAUCGUUGCUUUUCUCCAAGGAACUGCCUUUUGGCUGCUAAUGGUGGUUCUUUACAAGGAAUUCAAGAAACCAGGAUUAAUAGGUUACCACGGUAUCAGGCUGGGUUUGCGAAUUCGACUCUCGUUCCACCGCCACUGUUUCCUGGAACUAUCUGGGGAUCAAACAGUUUGGGCGAUGAUGGAUGGGAUUUGCAAGGUUCAAGAUUGCAGUCCGGGGCAAGGAGUUAUGUUCCUAUUUUAAACUCUCCGAGUGGUACUUCUGUCGUCGAUAAGGGAGCAAGUAGUGCUGGUAACACAGGACUAAGUGAUUACAGUGUGGUGAGGAAUCAAGAAAAGCUUAACAACGUAAGGAACUUUAUUUGUCUGCUUCAAGGAGAUAGAUUUGUCAACUAUUGUUUAGACAAAGAGGGUUCAAGAACACUUCACGGUUUAUUGAGUUUGAGGGACCCAGAGAUUACACGUCAGAUAUGCAAGAAAGUUUUGGACUUGUCAUCAAGAGGAAUCCCCAUUUUUAUCGAGCUGAUGCUUAAUCAACAUGGAUGGCAUGUCUUUUCUGAGCUAAUUGAUUCAUUGAAUCAUCAACAGUUGAGAUUGAUUACAUAUGAGAUAACCAAAGACAUGUCCAUUUUUAUUACAUUGACAUUCCACGCACACGGUUCGAACUUGAUAAAGAAGGUCAUUAGAAUACUCAGGAGAUCACAUUUGAUUUCGUUCGUGACCAACAAUCUGUGUGCUGCGUUUCUUCUGAUCAUGACCAAUCGGAUAGGUUCGUAUGUUGUAUCGGAGUGCUUAAACCACCUGAGAGCUGAAGAUAACAAGGCAUUAUAUGAAGCAGCCAUCACAUGGUGUCUUGAUUUAGCAAUAGACCAUGAAGGAUCCAUAGCCUUAAUCAGGGUCAUUAACACCAUCCAAGGUCUGCAAAGAUAUCGGCUCCUGAAUAUGCUAUCUAGAAAUGCAGUAUUCCUGUCGCAGGAUCCGGAAGGGAACUAUGUGAUUCAGAAGGUCAUAUCACUCAAUAUUCCUUUAUUCACCCAAAACGUAUGUCAUCUCCUCAUAGGCCAUUAUGAAACCAUAUCCUUGCAGAAAGGAGGCAGUCAUAUAGUCGAAAAAUGCUUGGAUACAGAGUGGAAGAGUAGGAUAAUUGAAAAUUUUCUAAGCAACACCAACACUCUAUUGCGUGUUGCUAAAGAUGAAUUUGGUAAUUAUGUGAUCCAGAAAGCACUGAAAGUCACCAAGAAAUCAGGCAGUCCACUCUACCACAAACUUUUGUCGCGCCUGAAGCCACAUCUUAGCAUUCUGCAGUCUGGAUACGGAAGAAAUGUCUUCAAUUUGAUCACUGGUGGACAGUCAGUUAAGAAGGUGUAGUUUCAUGCAGAUCCUGUUUUGUUCUCAUUAUGUGUUCACUGUGCUACUUCAUCCGUAAGAGUUAGCUGUCUCUUAGUGUUGGAAGAAGGGUCUUCGGGGAAUUUGAGAUGAGAUUCCCCACUUCUUCCUCUGUCCAUUUUUUUAGGCAAUCCUUUUAGUUGUUGUCAUAUUUAAUUCUUGUAAUGUAAUGUUCUUCUGCAGUCCAGAAGGGAAAUAUUAACAUAAGCAAGCAAGUAGUUAAAUGGUUAUCGUCACAACACCAAACCU